CUUCCAACACCAGAGAAGACAAGCAUGUCUUCUAAAAAUAAUAAGGUGGUCGUCAUCCCCAUCACUGCUGCUAGUGAUGGGGAUGUGAAUACUUGGCCGGGGAGCCCAUAUACUCACCGGGCCGAUGAAAGCUGGCGCCAGAAGCUUGGGGAGAAUUGGGUGAAGGAUGCAGGCACACAUGAAGAAGGAGUGACCCACAUCAUCGAGAAGUUGCCAGACGGAUACUGCCUGUUUCAGCUGCCUCGCCCUAGCGCCCCCGGCGUGCGCGAUCCCUAUCUAUUCGGGCAUCCGAGUGGAAAGAGGUUUAACUCGUGUGUCAGCUUCUUGCCGCAUUUCCUCGCCAUUGUCAAAGGGACACUCGACAGCUGCCCCUGCAAGCUGUGUGUCACUUCCCGAAAAAUGAAAGAAAAGGUCUCAGUUGCGACGGCAGUGGGAAAGACCGCUGUGCCGCCACCAUCCGACAAUACGCCCCAACCCACCGACGCCGAAGGCACAGAUUUCUGGCGACCGUAUGUCAUGGAAUUGCUACAUAAUGGCGAGAUUGACGAACGUGCUGAGCAACCGAUCAAUUUCGACUGGGUUCUGACCCACGAAUGGAUUACUUGUUACGGCGUGAAAGUGAGCUUUGAUCCUGCUCGGCUCCCGCGACGUGGUGAGAUUGUUCUCUGGAUCCCGGAGAGUCUCGAAGACGGUAGUCUGAAGCUCAAUCCCGCGACUGGCCGUUAUGAAAUCCUUCGCAAUGAUGGCCUUUGGCAUGGUGUGCCUUAUUGGCGUGCAGGUGUAGUGACUCAAACUCCCGAAAAGGACACGCACACGGGGGGCAUUAUGGAAACACCCGACGACCCACGCGGUCUGAGUUACUCUGGAUUCCGCGUGGAGACUCUACCAGACCCUCUGGGCGACGACAAGUCCUAUUCGAACCACUACGCGUACGUUCCCCUGCGGAAUAUCAGGCCUUUUAACACCUGGCAAAUCUUUCUCAAUGACCAGGACCGGGACAAAUGGCACCCAUCUAUUGAAAACGCCAUGACCGUGAUGUCCUCCUGGAGCGUUGUGAGAAAAUACCACAUAGUCGGCAAAGGCGGAAGUUGCAGUAUCUACUGCACGGGCAUCUUCAUCGGUAGCGAACUCCUCUUCAUCGGGGACACCAUCCGUCUCAGACCAGAGGGCUUCGAAUACUCCGAUCUCCAAAAAGGCAAAGUCCCCAAGAUAACCGAUGUGAUGGUUAUCACAAAUAUCCUCUUUCACCUGAUAGACUGCAUCGAUGACGACCCAGAGCAGCUAGCCAAGCACUAUGCAGUCCAGCUCUUUGGCCGGGGGUAUACGAACGACCCAUCACGCGUCCGCAAUUCGCGCAUAUUCCACGACCCAGCAGCCGGGGACAACCCUCAACCGCUCACCCCCAGCCAGGCACUUGCCGCCUUCUACCAGGGCAGUAUACGCGACUAUGGCCCCUGGUACAAGAUGGCCAACGGCGAGAGCUGCAGCAUCCCCCUAGAUGCCGUCAUUGGCCGUUGCUACGAGCCUUUCGCCACGGGACUGAUGUUCGGCACGCGCAGUCUAGACUACGAUGUCUCCGGCGUCAUGGAGGGCCGUCACUACUCCGCGCAGGCCGACGCUCGCAUUCCAGCGGGCAAAACAUGGUUCCGGGGCGAUUAUCGUUUUGAAACACUUGGUGUGACGGAGCUCUGUGGUAUUGAGUGCGGGCCUACAGCUCCGCGGCGCGAUGACUACAAGAACUGGCAGGCCAUCAUGAGGAUGGCGCGCGAGUCUAACGCUGCCCCCCGCCGUCAGGCUCAGAUUCCUGCGUCCGAGCCUCCCGCGAUGGCCACUUCUUCGUCCUCGGUCACGAAGGGAAAGCAGAAGGGUGGACUUGCUGAGGCGAGUAAGAUGGUUGGCUCUGGUCUUGGUGAUGCGUCGGAGGUUAAUGAUAAUGACUAUUACGACGAUGACAAUGACUUGACCGAUGAGGAGUCUGGUGAUAUUCCGGCGCUGCCUCCUUCGGCUGGCCAUGAUGUCGCGACUGAGAGCGAUGGCAUGGUCGAUCUUCCAUAG